UAAUCAUCAGCGAUGAUCGGAGAAUUUUAACUGUUCAGAAGCUGACUAGAUUCUAGUGUAACGAAAAGAAAUACAAAGAAAUAUUGAGCGGAUUUGCUUCACAUCUUACAAUGGAAGAUAAUGAAAUUAAAGAGUUAAAAACAACCCUCAAAAGAUGGGAGAUCAAAUUCUAUAAAGAGAAUGGCCGUAAACCACAAAGGGAUGAGAUCAAAGCAGCACCUCAGGAGAUUCAAGAUGCCUACAUACACUACAAUAAAUUAAAGAGAGUGUUAAGCGAAUCACAGAACAUUGAAACACCAAGAAAAAUUGAAGAGGUAGACAGCAAAAAUGAAGAAAUGAAGGACAAUUUGGAUGAAUUUAGGGAAACCUCCAAGGGUGGAGUAUGGGGUACAGAGUUCAACAGGGAUAAGCAAGGCCUAAAAACAAAUACUGGCCACUCCCUGCAAUCGCAAGCUGAUGAAAGGGAACCAGAUGCUUCUAAUUUUAUGCACAAGUUAAGUUCCAAGAUGUUUGAAAUGGCUAAAAGAGACAAAACCGUCACAAAGAAAAAUAUGGCCAAAUUUAAGCCAGCUACAAACAAACCAGUUGAAGAUAUUCCAGAGGAUUCUUUUACUGUGAAGGGAAGUAUUUUUAAUAACCUAAAAAUAAAAAAUACAACUAUCAAAAGGACAGAUUUGAAUGAGCAGAGAGAUGUUGAUGUUACAAAGAAGUACAGCAUGAAAACUAAGCAGAGGUUUUCCAUUUCUGUAAAUGGAAAGUCAGAGGCGAGAGAAGAAAGUGAAGGUCAUGAUUCAUCCUUGAUGACACCUCAACAAAGAGAAAAAAGGUUAGUAAAAAGUGUUGAUGAUUUUGAUGAAGUGGAUGGACUAAGUUGUUCAGUGUUUGAUUCAGAGAUUACUAAGACCUUAGUAUCAAAGAACAAGGAAAGAGAAAAUGAAAACUCAUUUCUUGGCAACUAUUGCCCAAGUCCCAAAAUCAAGAAAGUCUCUAAAGAUUUUGAAGAUAGCAAUUACUAUAUAAGUCCUAAAGUCCAAAAAGCAUCCAAAGAUCAUGAUGAGGAUGGUAAGAAUGUAUCCAUGGAUGAAAGUAUGGAAUUCAGAGAUGUUAAAUGGGACAAUGAAACCACUGAUGUUGUAGUUUGUGAAAGUAAAAAAUCAGACAAUAGUUUUUCAAAAAUGGACAACUCUCAGAGAAAAAGUAAGAGAAGUGAAAAAGUCAGGAAUAAUAGUGAUGAAAUAUCUGAGCACAAUGACAAACCAAAAUUAUCCGAGAUUCAAGUUAGUGAAAAUGAGGAUGUACCCAUAAUUCCAAAGCAAAGGAAAAAAAGGAAGACAACUGAUACAGAUACACAGUCUAAGAAAAGGAAACUAGAAAAUGGGGAUGCUGUAGAUUUAGCAGAAGGUGAUGAAGAUUGUACGUCCACACGACCAAAGGUCUCCUCUGUGUCCAG